CCGCGAAAUCGGUCUCGUCACUAACGUAACUAACGUUAACACCCGCGUCAAUGACAGGCACCUUUCUUAUUUUCUUUCCCACGCUUCUGCAUCAUCUCUGUCCCCCUACGUCCGAUGCGAUUGUCCUCUUCUACGAUUGUCGCCGACAUGAGGAGAAGAGCAGAGGCUUUUAUAUCUCGCUAGACUACUUUGCGAGCCCCUCUCCUCCGGCAUGAACCCAAUGCGCAGCUCGGUGCUGCUCACAUUCAGUCCUUUCCAACAUGGGCUUCGACUGCAUCAGCUCGACCAGAAGGUCCUGCUUUCUCUAUACAACUCGGCGCCGAGGCACUCGCGGAUAGCAUGUCGUCCUCUUUAUAACUGCGCGAUCCCCGUCCGGCUCAGCAAUGCCGACACCUUUCGGCCCGCCACGAUCCUUGCAAGAUGUGCCCCGGUACAGUACCCGAACUCUUUACCUUCGCGCCUUGGGGUGGCGGCUGAAAUCAGACAUCUCUCAACAUCUCCCAUCGUUCGGGAAACUCCAAUUCCAGUGACAAGGGAGCAAUCCAGGUCGAAAUCCAACGAUGACGCAGAUGAAGAGGAAGCCUUUCAGAAGAGUGAAAAAGCAAAUCAAGCCUCCCAUGUCAAUCUCAGUGCCAGGCUGUCAAAAGAAGGAAGUGCGAGCAAGGGUGCUGGUCUGGGGGAAGUCUGGCGGUUGAUCAAGAUCGCUCGACCAGAAGCAAGAAUCCUCAUAUGGGCGUUUAUCCUACUGCUGAUUUCUUCUGGCAUAACUAUGUCUAUACCUUUUUCCAUCGGCAAGAUCUUGGACAUUGCUACGAAGGGUGGUGCGAAGACUGAAGGGCCCGAGGCUGAACAGAAGUCGGAGAUGUUGUUUGGGUUGAGCUUGACCACUUUUUACACAGCUCUGCUCGCCAUACUUGCGACUGGCGCCGCCGCCAAUUAUGGUCGCAUCAUCAUCCUUCGCAUUGUGGGAGAAAGGAUCGUGGCACGACUCAGAUCGAGGCUGUUUCGACAGACAUACGUGCAGAACGCCGAAUUCUUCGAUGCAAAUCGUGUGGGUGAUUUGAUUUCUAGGCUCAGCUCUGACACCAUUAUUGUUGGCAAGUCCAUUACACAGAAUCUAUCCGACGGUCUUCGUGCGUUCGUGAGUGGAGCGGCUGGCUUCGGGUUGAUGGCAUGGGUGUCUCUCAAAUUGACCGGAAUAUUGGGUUUGCUCUUCCCGCCUGUCGCAAUAGCUGCAUUCUUCUACGGCCGAGCGAUCCGAAAUCUGAGCCGAAAGAUUCAGAAAAAUCUAGGCACAUUGACAAAGAUUGCCGAAGAACGACUGGGCAAUGUGCGAACAUCGCAAGCAUUUGCAGGCGAGAUCCUCGAAGUCCACCGCUACAACACCCAAGUUCGCAAAAUCUUCGACUUGGGCAAAAGGGAAUCUUUAAUCAGCGCCACCUUCUUCUCCACGACCGGAUUCAUGGGCAACAUGACUAUUUUGACUCUUCUUUAUGCGGGUGGCGGGAUGGUGUCCAAUGGAACCAUCAGCAUUGGUGAACUCACCUCAUUCCUAAUGUACACGGCGUAUGCGGGAUCAUCUCUCUUCGGACUCUCCUCCUUUUAUUCGGAGCUCAUGAAAGGCGUCGGAGCCGCAUCCAGACUGUUUGAGCUGCAAGAUAGGCAACCGACCAUUUCGCCAACAAAGGGUAUCAAGGUAGAGUCCGCACGUGGUCCCAUCAGGUUUGAAAACCUUACCUUCAGCUAUCCUACGAGACCUGCUGUGAAGAUCUUUCAGAAUCUGGACUUCGAAAUACCGCAAGGAACGAACGUGGCCAUUGUUGGCCCUUCAGGCGGAGGGAAAUCCACGAUCGCUUCAUUGAUUUUGCGAUUCUAUACACCCACAGAAGGCCGAAUUCUGAUUGACGGCAAGGACAUUUCCACGAUGAAUGUGAAAUCCUUGAGGAGGAAGAUCGGCAUCGUCUCGCAAGAGCCUGUCUUGUUUUCAGGGACAAUCGCUGAAAACAUCGCAUACGGCAGGCCUCAUGCUACCCGGGCCGAGAUUCUGCGCGCGGCAAGGAGAGCCAAUUGUCAAUUUAUCAGCGACUUUCCAGACGGGCUUGACACAUCGGUGGGCGCCCGGGGCACGCAGCUCUCUGGCGGACAGAAGCAGCGCAUUGCUAUCGCUCGUGCGCUCGUGAAGGAACCCGAUAUACUGAUCCUAGACGAAGCUACGUCUGCCCUUGACGCGGAGUCGGAGACCCUGGUCAAUGAAGCGCUAGCUUCUCUCCUCAAAGGCAGCAACACAACGAUCUCAAUCGCCCAUCGACUUUCUACCAUCAAACGCUCCGAUACUAUCAUCUGUUUGGGUAAUGACGGCCGUGUUGCUGAGAUGGGUUCUUACAAGGAUCUGAGCAGUCGGCCAGACGGCGCCUUUACCAAACUCAUGGAAUGGCAGAUGAGUGGAGAAGCUCCAAGGAACAACGUGGACGAGUUGGCAAUUGGUGCCGAGCACAAAGGACCGCCGAACGAGCACGAGGAGAUCGAAGUCGAAUUGGAGGAUCCGAAUGAGGGCGAGAGUGAAGAGGAAAUUGAGGGCAGCAAGGCCCAAGAGACGGUCAAGGAAGCUGUGCAAGAGAAGAAAUGAUGAGUGACGUGUCUGAGCAGCACAAGAGCCCACUCUCUACUCUCUUUGGCGCGGGUGACACUGACUGGCGUCAUCCAAUGAACGUAUUGGUCCACGGUCUAUCUCAUAGCGACUAUGUCGCAGAGCAUAUAUACUACCUGCCGUUGGCUGGGGAAGGAAACGGUGAGGCCAGGCUAUCGCAUCUAUUAGUGAAGGAGUUGUAUACAAGGUGCAGGGACAGAAGGGAUGAAUGCUCUGACAGUGGGAAGCUAUUGUAUAAUUCCGUCCGCGUGCCUCUCUGCAGUGCUUGCUGCAUUGUUAAGUUAUGAAUGAAAACAAUUCCCUG